AUGUUGCAAACUCACAUUAGAAAUGCCGGUGAUGAAUUGAUGAAUAAUAAAACAAGAGCACAUAUAGGACUUGUUGGAGGUUCGACUAGCCGACACAAAAUGACACUGAUACGUCAUGUUGGUAAUGGAGUACGAGAAUGUUCUGUUGGAAUUACUAUUACUUUGAACCACGUUGUGCGCAUGUACAUAGAUAAAAGAUUAUACUACGUAUACACUGUGCCACUGUGGGGCUCGAACUCGGAACAUGGACCACCGACUGUGGACAUCAGCCAUCAAAUUAUUGAUCGUCGCCCAGUAGUAUGA